GCCCUGCAGUCCUCCACUGUCCAUCCAGCCUUUCCACCAUUUUGUCGGACGUUCACUACCGGUGGUCGGAAAAUGAGCCGUCGGUUGAGAGCGUUUGUGCGGUGGAUGAAGUCGCAGGGGUUCCAGUGGACCGACGGGAUGGAGUUCGUCGAUAGUUCGGAGGGUGGCGGCGGAGCCGUCUCGGUGAAGGCUGUGCGGGACUUGAGGGAAGGUGAGGCGGUGGCGGCGAUACCGAAGGCGGCGUGCCUCACCGUCAAGAACAGCGGCGCUUGCGAGUUGAUUGAGUCGGCGGAUUUAGGAGGGUUUUUGGGGCUUUCUGUGGCGCUGAUGUUUGAGAAGGGAUUGGGGGAAUCUUCUCCCUGGGCUGGGUACCUGCAGCUGUUGCCGGAGAGCGAGUGCAUCCCUUUGCUCUGGACACUGGACGAAGUCGAUCGGUUCCUCCAGGGUACCGAGCUUCAUAAGGUGAAACUACUGUGAUUUUCAUUUUUCUUACAUUCAGGAGUUGAAAUUGUCCCUAGGUUAAGAACUACCAAAGCUUCUCAUUAUGUUCUGUGAUUGCUUCAGAUGGCAAUGCCAAUCCGAUUUCUUGUCUGGUUUGCUGCUUCUUUUCCCCUAUGGCCUGCUGUUGGCCAUUAUCAACUAGAAAGGGUCUGUGUUUGGGAAUUGGAAGCAAAGUUGCUUUCUUGGCUAGAAACAAAAUUCAAUUUGAUUUUGGUGAUUAUGAAAAAGGGCUUUGGUGAUGGCUUCUUGUGCAUAUUCUGUAGGCAGACCGUUAAAGAAGACAAGGGUCUUGUUCUUGAGGACUGGAAGGAGAACAUCUUGCCUCUAGUUCAUCAACUGCCUUCAAAUGUCAACGCAAAAUGUUUUGGCGUUGAGCAAUAUUUUGCUGCCAAGAGCCUUGUGUCGUCCAGAGCUUUUGAGAUAGACGAUUACCAUGGACACGGGAUGGUUCCUUUGGCAGAUUUCUAUCAAGCAAAUAUGAUAUGUAGAUUUAAUCACAAGACUGGUGCUGAAGAUGUGCACUUCACCUCUGUACCAUCAUCACAUUCUGAUGAUGAUGAUGAUGAUGAUGAUGAUGCGGAGGAGGAUAGCAGCAUAAGUGAUUUGCUCAAUGAAAAUAAGGUUGACGAAGAACCUUCAAGUGAGCUGGAAGGCUCUGCGAUAAGUCUGGAUGAUCCCAUGGUGUUGGAGAUGAUCAUGGUGAAAGAUGUUCAGCAUGGAGCUGAGAUCUUCAAUACAUAUGGGUUGGUGGGCAAUGCGGCAUUGCUGCAUAGGUAUGGAUUUGCAGAGCCAGACAAUCAAUUCGAUAUUGUCAACAUUGAUUUGGAGUUGGUACUACAAUGGAGUUCAUCAUUAUUCACUGGCCGGUAUAGUAGAGCAAGGCUGUCCCUGUGGAGAAACCUAGAUUACUCGGGGUGUGUCAGUGGGGAGUCUGAAUACUUUGAGGUCUCCAACGAUGGUGAACCACAGAUUGAGUUGUUGGUAUUGUUAUACAUAAUGCUAUUACCAGAGGAAGCUUACCUUAGAUUGGAUAUCCUAGUGUCAACUACUGCCACUAGCAAAGAAGAUCCCAUUAGCAUGUAUUUGUCGGAGAAAUGCAGUAUCACACAGGACAAAAGGUCAGAAAUCAGUCGUGAUCUGCUAUUGACUGAAAGUGUUUGUGAGGCUCUUUUGUGGCUAGCUGAUAAGAGGGAUAGUUUAUAUAAUAAGUCGAUGAAAGACGACAUUGAGGCUCUCCAGAGAUGUAGUGUGAAAGAAGGAAAAGCCUACUAUUCUCUUCUGUUGCGCAUAUGCGAGAGGAGGAUUCUCGAGAAACUCAGGUCUUAUGCAACUGUUGUUGCUCAAUCGUCCCAAGAUAUGAAGAGAUCUUGUUGUACCAGAAAGAGAUUGAAGAGGGAAAGCAGUGAACAAACACAAAUUGAUCUCUGAGUGUAGGUUUUAAGAAUCGUUUUGGCAUUUCAUUUGCAGAUACUCGGGCAGGGAUGGUUCUUAAAUUGAGGGCGGAGUUUUCUCCUUUCAUCCUUUAUUUGGUUUCGGGAGAAGAAUGUACUGAUUCUCACCAUCUCCCGGUUUAAUUUUUCUAUUGGUUAAUUUUUGCAGUCCCAUAAGCAAUUCAUGCAGUUAAUUUUGAAUUUGCUAGCAAGUAGCAAUCAAAGCAUUAACUUCCAAAGGAAUUUCUCUAUAUAUUUUUUUUUUUGUGUGUU